AUGUCCACGCCGCGCCGGGACGCCGGCGAUGCCGCUGCGGGCGCUGCGGGCCUCUCUGCGGAGGAGGUAGAAGCGCUGCGGCAGAUGCACGAGGAGGUGAGUCGACAAUUGCCAGAUCGAAGGAGCGAAGGAGAUUCACAGUGGUUGGCCAAUGGUGCUCAGGUGGAGCUGCAUAGCCUUCAAAAGGCGCAACAGCUCAAUGGUCAGAGGGGCGAGAUCGUCGGCUUCGAUGAUAAGCAGCUUCGAUAUCGAGUUCGCCUGCAUUCGGACAACUCGGUGAAGGUGGUGGCGAAGAAGAACAUGCGCUUACUCACCUAUGAAGACCUUCAACUCCCGGAUGUUCCGGACACCGCGCGCACCGCCGGUCUGGCCACCGCCGGGUCCUCCACCGCGUCUGGAACCCCACCAGCGGCGCCAGUGACGCGGGAGGUGGUGGUGAAGGCCAUCGACCGGGUGAAGCGCGACGUCCUGGCGCUGCAGCAGCGCAUCGCGGUGCGGCGCGCGGGGGGCACCGCGGAAGCCACGCCGGACAUGUCGGACAUCUUCAUGAGGUUGACCGCCUCAGAAGAGAUGUGUAAGGAGGUCAUGGAGAUGUACCAGAGAAGCCAUGGGAGAGAUGAAGAGCUGGACCUUCACGCAGCAACAGCGCUGGAAGCAAGUGAAGCUUGCGUUCAGGAGUACACCGAAGUGAGAUCUUGGCAAGAGUACUUCCAGGAUGAAGUGAAUGUCACCAAGUACAAUGUUCAAAAGCACGGUAUCCUGGGCACUCUCAAGAACGAGGUUGUGGAGGUGGGUCAGGAUGUCCGCGAUCUGGGUCAGAGUGCCACGGAGGUCAUCGGCACACAUGCGCCCCAGGUGCCUCACCUGGUGCGAAAGGCCACAGGUACUGUGAGCGAAGCUGUGCAGAGUGGAACGGCUGCAGCCACAUCCACAGGGCGCAGUUUUGCCGCGCGAAGCCAGGAGCACAUCACCAAUGUGGUCCAUGAAUCAGUCGUCGCGCCGGUGAAGCGUGCGUGGCAUUUCUUGGUCUUCGGCUUUCUCCUGUGCUUUUUGGUGCCACUCUUUGCGCUGAGGACGUACGCUCCAUUCAACACCGUCGUCUCCAACAUGGGCGUGCUUUGGUUGGCGGUCUGCACCUGCUGCCCGCCCAGAGGAAUGCAUCGGAGAGCAGCGAAAGCGGCUUUGAUCCUUUUGUAUCCCUUGGUGACCGUCGCCCUGCCAUUGGGCCUUCAUUACUGGGCCACCCACCCGCAGUUCGCAGAGGACGUGAGCAGUGCUUUGCGACAGCUGCCCUCGGCUGUGACACGGACAGUGCAGUCCGUGCGCCCGAACCACUGCGACGCCCCGCCCGAGCCCAAGGUUCUCCCGGCGGCUCCAGCUGCAGCGCCCGCAGCUCCGGCUCCAGUGCCGCCCGCGGCAGCGGCCGAGAGGAAAGAGGUAGAAGAGGAUACAGAUCGCAACCCGAAACCGGGCUUCCUGCGAUGGUUGACCACCCUCUUCCACCGCUUCCACCCAAAGCCUAGGCAAACGGCCUUCGUGCCGGCCGUGGGGUAUACAGGCCAAUGGGCAACCAUACAGCACCCACGGCCUCGGCGACUCAGAAGGAACACGAUUUUCGAGCAUGAAUCGAGGGGGAACGGCAUUGGGCAAUAG